UUUUAAACUUGGCUGGAAAGAGGUGUCACAUUUUGCUCAUUCCCAAGCCUUCUCCCCCACCCCCUGCCCAGAUAGCUUGCAUGGUGAGCAGAGGGUGCUGUGAGCCACCUCCAGCCUCCUCCUCCGGUGACCGCUGGAACUUUCAACUCCUCAUAUUGCAAGGCUAUGAAGUUCCUUGGGAAGCCCGGGAGCCAGACAGCUGCUUUUCAACUUCUUUGCUGGCUCUUUCUGAAGAUUCUGCAAUCAGGGUACUGCCACCCUUACAACAACCACUAUGCUGGUGAUAAGUUGAUAAGACUCAUCCCCAGAUCCAAAGAGCAAGCGAAUGCGCUGAAGAAAAUAUACCACCAACUCCAGGUGGACCUGUGGCAGCCCAGCAGUAUCUCCUGUCUGUCAGAGGAGACAGUUACUGAUGUCCGUAUUCCCCAAAAUGCUUCCAGAACCCUGUUAGCCUUCUUACAAGAAGCCCACAUCCAAUACACGAUCCUCAUAGAAGAUCUUCAGAAAGCACUGGAAAAUGGAAGCAGCUUGCAAACCCAGAGAAAGAGAAGAUCCCCAUCUGAAUACAACUAUGAAGUUUAUCACUCCUUAGAAGAAAUUCAGAGCUGGAUGCACCAUCUGAAUAAGACUCAGUCAGGCCUCAUUCGGAUGUUCUCUAUUGGAAGAUCGUACGAAGGAAGGCCUCUCUUCGUUUUAAAGCUGGGCAGAAAAUCACGAGCAUACAAAAGAGCUGUCUGGAUAGACUGUGGCAUUCAUGCAAGAGAAUGGAUUGGUCCUGCCUUUUGUCAGUGGUUUGUAAGAGAAGCCCUUCUGACCUAUAAGACUGACCCAGCCAUGAGAAAAAUGUUGAAUCAUCUGUAUUUCUACAUUAUGCCCGUGUUUAAUGUUGAUGGAUACCAUUUCAGCUGGACUCAUGAUCGAUUCUGGAGAAAAACAAGGUCAAGGAACUCUAGGUUUCGCUGCCGUGGAGUUGAUGCCAAUCGCAACUGGAAAGUGAAAUGGUGUGAUGAAGGAGCCUCUGUCCACCCUUGUGAUGAUACAUACUGUGGCCCUUUCCCAGAAUCUGAGCCAGAAGUGAAGGCCGUAGCUAACUUCCUCCGCAAACAAGGAAAGCGCAUUACAGCAUACCUAUCCUUUCAUGCGUACGCUCAGAUGUUGUUGUAUCCCUAUUCUUACAAAUACGCGACAAUCCCCAAUUUUAGCUGUGUGGAAUAUGCAGCUUAUAAAGCUGUGAAAGCACUUCGUUCAGUACAUGGGGUACAGUACAGAUAUGGUCCAGCCUCCCAAACAUUGUAUAUAAGCUCUGGCAACUCAAUGGACUGGGCUUACAAAAAUGGAAUACCCUAUGCAUUUGCUUUUGAACUACGUGACACAGGGCAUUUUGGAUUUUUACUGCCAGAGAUGCUCAUCAAACCCACCUGUACAGAGACCAUGCUGGCUGUAAAGAACAUCACUGUGCACCUGUUGAAGAAGUGUCCCUGAGAGGGCUGAGUGUAUGGUCUACCAACCCCAAGAAAGUUGAUUCUAACCAAAGACUGCUUGGCACUAGGUGGCAAAUUGUCUUUAAGAACAAGAGUAACUGUUUAGACUAGAUGUAUCUAUGGACUUUAAAAGACUUUUUUCAUAAAAUUACAUACUUUCUAACAAUAUAAAAUUGUUUUUUAAAAUUAGGGCAUAGUGUACUUUGCCAUUAGAAAAAAAUCAAGUUUAUAUCCCUUUAGAGUCUUAUUUGAUUACAGGAAGGAGGGGGUGUUUUCAAAUUCCUUUGUCACAAGAAAUGUACAAAUUAAUUGAGGAUUUCCCAUUAAUAAACCUCCAUGCCCUUAAUUAAGAUCCAGGCUACCAGUAAUGUUUAAUUACUUGG